GACAGGGUUGGAAGCCCUCAGUGCCACAUGGCAAGGAAACAAACCCCCAAACAAACACCUGAACUGUGUUGUCUGGCAGCUGUUUGCAGUGGAGCUGGGGCUGGUGAGUCCUUGUUUGGCCUCAGGAGCAGCUUUGGGCAGGUCACUACCCCCUCCUGUGCAAUGAGGGGUAGGUUUGUGCUGAGGGACUCGGUGUGGUCAGAGCAGCUGAUGACAUCUAUGUGCCACGUUCUUGAGCCCACCUGUAAGUGGCUUUUUCUCCCAGGUGCCCACACUGUUGGCAUGCCCAUGUCACCAAGCACUCGUGAUCCUCCUCCUGAGGGAAUUCCAGUCUAGUCUGGGGAAUCUUUGCCCAGGGGUCUGCAGGAUUAUAAAGUCUCUGUCAGGUGUUGGUGAGGAGCCUCCACACCCUCCCUGGGCAGCCUGGGCCAGGGCUCCCUCCCCUCAGCACCAAAGGACUUCCUCCUCCAGCACUUGGAGCAGGCACAGGGCAGCAGAGGAGGCUGGGCCCUAUGAAAGCCCCUGUGCCUCAGCUUUGCAGUUGCUGUCAGUACAAGAGGUGCCUGGCUGCAGCCACAGGAGCAGAUGACAGAAAAAGGAAGCUGGAAGCUGAGGCCAAGAGAGGAGAUGCACAGCAAGCACAGGAAGUGUGAACUGCUCUUACCCAAGCAGUGCCAGCAGUCACCAGGGCAAAGAUGUUUCCCACUCUGGCUCCAAGUGCCAGCUGCCUGCUCCUUCCCAGGGCAGUAACUCUUUUCUCUUACAGCAGCCCAGCAAACAUCCCAGCUGUGCCCUUCACAUCCCUCUGCUGGGAUUUCUCUCCUGCACCCAAAGGUGUCCUGCACCAUGUUUGAUCAGAAAACCAGCACAGCCACCCUCAGGUGCAGCCUGGGACUGGCUGUAGACAGCUCUGUUUUCAGUCAUUCCAUGCUGAGGCCCUUGGGCAGGGAGCAAGAAGCACUUAGACCAGUUUAAAGGAAACAGAAGUUGUCCAACUCCUCUGGAAUGAAGAAGAAUGAAGUCACAUUUAUUUCUGGCUCUGCCCCCUCUCAGGUUUGAUUUCACUUCCCUGGCCUCAGUUUUGGCACACAGCUGGGUGGAAGAGCCUUAGGGUUCAGCUUCUGGGAAACCCAGCAGUGCCUGUGUUUGCUCAGGGCUUUGUGCCACAGCCCCCCCAGGCACUGCAUUGCUGUCUGCCCAAGAGCCAGCUUACCCUGCUGCUUGCAGCUGACACCAGCUCACGUUUUGCAUCUCUUCUCUGUUCCAUCUGACAUGGGAGCAGCUCUGUCACUGCAGCCUCAAGUCAAGGAGUGAGACAGCACAUGCUGCCAGGCUCAGCUGCAGCAAGAUCACAGCUGUAACACCCUCUCCCUGCGACUUCCCAUCACCUCACACACCUUUCCUCAGUUUCUCUGUCUUCCGUAGACAAGCCAUAGGAGACUGAGGCACUCCCUGAGCCUGUCCUGCUGGCUUUUCAUGCUGCUUGGUUUCUAGCAGAAAGGAGAGCUCUCAGUGAGCAUGGCACCUGCAUUACAAGGGCUCUUGUCAGCCUGAGGAGGUCCAAGUUAAGAGCAUCCCUCAGCCAGCUCGGGGCUGUCACUGAACUGGGACACCUGAGUUAAACCAAGUGCUGAAAUGAACCCAAACAGCCUUGUAACAGCCCCUGAACUGCUUCAUUUCCGAUGCCAACUGCACAGUGAUUAUCUAGACUGAUAAGCAGCUGUUUUGUCCAGUCAGAUCUGCUUCUAGUUGUCUCAGUGCUAAAACUGAGACUUAGAAGAGGAAGCAGAGAGAAGCAGACUUGGAAGUCUUUGUUCAUAGGUUGCUGCUGAGCCAGUGUGGGAAAGCUUUUCUCUUUCCAAAGCUUCACUUCUCCCAGGCUGCUGAGGAGGUGCUGUAAGCAUGAGAGGUGUCCUGGCAGGGAAGGUUUCCUGGAUGCAGAGAGGUUGGCAGCUCUGUGGAAAGGCAACAGCUGCUGUGUAUCCCGAAGGCCAGGCACGUGAGGCGGCAGAAGAGGGUCACUGAAACCUCCGAGCAGCAGCCACCGGGGACGAGUCCCACGCGGCCCCGAUGCCCAUGGUCCGUCCUGCAUCUCCAUCACCUCACCAUGCCCAACACCAGCGUGUCCCUGAGCGGCCUGGACGGGAUUUACAUCGGCACUGAGUGCCUGGUUGGCUUGUUUGCCACUUUGGGCAACAUCCUGGUCAUCUGGGUGGUGAAGCUGAACUCGGCGGCCCAGAACACGACUCUGUACUUCAUCGUGUCGCUGGCGCUGGCCGAUAUCGCCGUGGGGCUCCUCGUCAUGCCCCUGGCCAUCGUGGUGAGUCUGGGCAUCACCAUCCACUUCUACUUUUGCCUCUUUAUGUGCUGCCUGAUGGUGGCUUUCACCACUGCCUCCAUCCUCUCGCUCCUGGCCAUCGCCAUCGACAGGUACCUGCGAGUGAAGCUGCCAACCAGAUAUAAAAUAAUCACUACAGAGAGAAGAGUGUGGUGGGCCCUGGCUCUGUGCUGGGCUGUGUCCCUGCUCGUGGGACUCGUGCCCAUGCUGGGGUGGAACAAGGCAGAACCAAGCAGCUCAGACUUCCUCAGGUGCCGGUUUCUCUCGGUGAUGAGGAUGGAUUACAUGGUGUAUUUCACCUUCUUCACGUGGACUCUUGUCCCUCUGCUCAUCAUGUGUGCUCUGUACAUCGAGAUCUUCUACAUCAUCCGGACGAAGCUGAGCCAAGGUGCCGGCAGUGGGAGAGGGGCAGGAGGCUUUUAUGGGCAGGAGUUCAAGACAGCCAAAUCUCUAGCCCUUGUUCUCUUUCUGUUUGCAGUAUCCUGGUUGCCUCUGUGCAUUAUGAACUGUGUGUCCUAUUUUUACCCCGAGUGUCAGAUCCCCCCAUUUUUGAUGUACUUGGGGAUCCUGCUGUCCCACACCAACUCUGCCAUGAACCCCAUUAUCUAUGCUUGCAAGAUAAAGAAGUUCAAAACCACCUACCUUUUCAUUUUAAGGACUUACAUCCUGUGCAGAAAACCAGACCCAGUUCUUACAGAGCGAACAGAGCCACAGUCAUGAGUAAGGAGUGAAGGUGGAGCUGCCAGUGCCCACCAGACCACUGAUAAAGCACUUUGCUUUUAGAAACUUGUGGGAAAAAAAUGUGUUUCAUCUGCCCCUGCUCUUGCACAAACUGGUCUAUGAUAGGAGCAAGUUCAUUUUACUCAGUCUGCUGCACAAUCUGUUGAGAUCUUCUGCAUUAUUUACUCCAGAGACUCCUGUUUGGCUGCUGCUGUACCAAGCCCAGGUCUUCCAGGCAAGCACCUUCAUUUAAAAGGACCUUCCAGGUUUAUUUAAUGGCUUGAGAGUGAGUUGGUAGCUCAGUGCUCCAGCUCAGAUCCAUGAAUGUUCAUAAAUGAGAUACCCAGGGGCCACUGAUUAACAGGAUCAUGCAUUCCCUGAUGUUGGUAACAGUGCAGCCUGUCCUCACUGACUCUGCCAACUCCUCUUUGUCUCCUGUGGCAGUAUGGACUAGAAUUUUUAAUCUGCUCAGUGUUGUCACAUUCUCACAAGGGAUAAUCAAUAUUAGGUAGUUUUUCUAUUAAUUCCAUCCCUUCUCUGCCCUGACACACAGAGGCAGCAGCCUGCACAGAGUCUCACUGGUUCAGCCAGUGUCCUCACCAGGGCAGCACAGAGCCUGCAGAGCCUGGCUUUAGGGAACAUGGGGCAAGCUGAAAACAGGUCAUUCCAGGCCAGGCUCUUUUUUUUUUCUCCAUCUUUCAAUAAUAAAA